CAGGUCCACAUCUUGGGAAGAAUAUGGCCACUUCUUGGGACACUGUCUUUUUCAUGCUGAUGAUAACCUGUGUUGGCAGCACUGUCUUCUACAGAGAGCAGCAGACUUGGUUCGAGGGUGUCUUCUUGUCUUCCAUGUGCCCCAUUAAUGUCAGUGCCAGCACCUUUUAUGGAAUUAUGUUUGAUGCAGGCAGCACUGGAACUCGAAUUCAUGUUUACACUUUUGUGCAGAAAACAGCAGGACAGCUUCCCUUUCUGGAAGGUGAGAUUUUUGAGUCUGUGAAGCCAGGACUCUCUGCUUUUGCAGAUCAACCCAAGCAGGGCGCUGAGACUGUUCAAGAACUCUUGGAUUUGGCCAAAGACUCAAUCCCGAAAAGUCACUGGAAAAGGACCCCAGUGGUUCUGAAAGCAACAGCUGGACUGCGUUUACUGCCAGAACAGAAAGCCCAAGCUCUGCUCUGGGAGGUAGAGGAGAUCUUCAAGAAGUCACCUUUCCUGGUCCCAGAUGACAGCGUUAGCAUCAUGGAUGGGUCUGAUGAAGGCAUAUUAGCUUGGGUUACUGUGAACUUUCUAACAGGUCAACUGCAUGGCCAUGGCCAGGAUACUGUGGGGACCCUUGACCUGGGGGGUGCCUCCACCCAAAUCACGUUUCUACCCCAGUUUGCGAAAACCCUGGAACAAACGCCUAGGGGCUACCUCACUUCCUUUGAGAUGUUUAACAGCACUUUUAAGCUCUAUACACAUAGUUACCUGGGAUUUGGAUUGAAAGCUGCAAGACUGGCAACGCUGGGAGCCCUGGAAACAAAAGGAACUGAUGGACAUACAUUUCGAAGUGCCUGUUUACCAAGAUGGUUGGAAGCGGAGUGGAUCUUUGGGGGUGUGAAAUAUCAGUAUGGUGGCAACCAAGAAGGGGAGAUGGGCUUUGAGCCCUGCUAUGCAGAAGUGCUGAGGGUAGUGCGAGGAAAACUUCACCAGCCGGAAGAGAUUCGGGGAAGCUCCUUUUACGCUUUCUCCUACUACUAUGAUCGAGCUGCCGACACACACUUGAUUGAUUAUGAAAAGGGCGGUGUUUUAAAAGUUGAAGAUUUUGAAAGAAAAGCCAGGGAAGUGUGCGAUAACUUGGAGAGCUUCACCUCAGGCAGUCCUUUCCUAUGCAUGGAUCUCAGUUACAUCACAGCUUUAUUAAAAGAUGGCUUUGGCUUUGCAGAUGAUACCCUCUUAAAGCUCACAAAGAAAGUGAACAACAUAGAGACGGGCUGGGCCCUGGGGGCCACCUUUCACCUGCUGCAGUCUCUGGGCAUCACCAGCUGAGGCUACCGUGUCCUCUGAAGCCUGCAUUUCUCAAAAACUUUGUUUUACAAGAAGGAGAGGACUCAGGCAUUUUCUGAACAAUUCUGGAGAAAGCCUGGACUGAAACCCAUUAACUGGCUUUAUUGGAAGGGAAGGGGUUUUAUAGAUGAGUCUUGCCCUUGAGCCUCGUGAUUUGGGCUUACUUAAUUUUGCACAUCUACUGUGAACAGCUCCCUAACCACUUGGCAGGUGCACAGCUGGCACAAAAGUAUAAAUCUUUUGAGAUUUUUUUGUAUGUCAGAGUCCUGUGAAGAAAAAAGAAUAGGCUUGGAACUCCAUGUUAGAUUGAGAGUUCAGAGACAAGUCCCUGGGAACCAAAGAAAAAUCUCAUUUCAACCCUUGGAGUGCCUCAUUCCUUUGAGUGUUUCAGUCUUUUGCUUAUAAGCUAAAUUAAGCUGACCUACUGAAGUCCCAUAACCUAUCAAUACUGAUACUUUUUCUUCUUCCCACCCUUACACAUUCCCUACCCUAAAACCCAAGGUGAGAACUAUCUGGCUUUGCAUUUCCAUCUGUAAUUCAAAGAGAAGGGAAAAAAAGACACUAUAUUAGAAUUUGUGUGACCCUAUGACACAAUUUAGAGCUUAGAGUGGCCCUGGGUAUUUUAUUUUUAGACAGAGGUCAUGUUACAUUGCUCUGGCUAGCCUGGUACUGUGUAACCCAGGUUGCCUUGAAUUGUCAAUUCUCCUGCCUCAGCCUCCUGAGUCUUGGGUUACAGGUGUGAGCCGUCAUGCUCAUGUCAUGUUAAAUCUCACAAGAUGAGCGUGCACCUCUCACCUGUGCCGACUAGAGCUGUGAGGAGGGCCGUCCCAUCGAGAGGGCAGUUGCAGACCAUGACUGCUGCCCGGUUACCACCUUAUUCUCAUGGUCCUAAACUUAGCAUCUUUCUAUUUCUGUGAAAUACAACUGCACCCUAGUUUUGGUCUGUGGUUAGAAGUUAAGUGUGUGUGCUGUUGAGUCUAAAGAUAAUCAAUGCUUUCAGUUUGUCCUUUUGGGGGUUGGGGUGUGGAAAGUGCUGGAGAUUGAACCCAGGACUUUUUGCAUGUUAGGCACAAUGUGCUACCACUAUGCUUUAUAGUAGUGCUUUCUUGCCUGGGCCCUUGCUGAUUUUAGCCACUGUUUUCUGAAUUUAUUGUCUCCCUCAGGAUUUCAUAUCCCUUACCACUGAUACCCAACAUUUGAUUUGAUUGAUUCUUUCGGCCCAUGUCAGAACAAGGACUACCAUUUCUAGAGAACCAUGUUUUUCCUCUCGGGACUCUGUUUUGAGGUUGAACACAGAUCAUCAUGCAUGCUAGGCAUGGGUGCUCUACUACAUUAUAAAGUCAUUAUCUUAAGGUUUUCUGCCAGGCAGAAUUAAAGGUGGCACACACCUUUAAUUCUAGCACUUGGGAGGCAAAUCUCUGAGUUCAAGGCCAGCCUGGUCUAUAGAGCAAGUUCCAAGACAGCCAGGGCUACAGAGAGAAACUCUGUCUUGAAGGAAAAAAGUCAUGUCGUUUCUUGUGUGACUGUCAUUGCUUUGCCUCCUACUCGGUUCUGGACUUGAAACAUUGCCGGCUGCUCAGCAGCUCUGUCAUAGCAUUUCCCCUUCCUCUUUGCUUUCCAGUUUUCAGCUCCCCUAACUUGAAAUUUUCGGUCACCCCCUCUUCCUUCCACUCUUCAUAAAGGAUAUGACUAUGCCUGGCUCCAUGGCAGUCCCCAGGGAACCGUCUUUUUUAAGCCAUUACAUUGAGUCAAUAAGUAUUACCAUCUGCUGUGUAUAAAUAGUAGGCAAAUUUGUAUAUUCUUCCCAAUUUUAGGGGUUUGUUUUGAUUAAAUGUGGAAUUUCUUCAGACUUUGA